AUGAAGUUCACUCUUUCCACUCUCCUAGCCUUCCAGGCCCUGGCCGGCUCCAGCCUUUCAGCUGCCUUGCCUCCUAGCCAGGAGGCGUCCAUCUUGCCCAGCAAGACUAUCCUCCGUCCCGUUCAGAGACGGCAGAACUCCGUUCCUGCUGUGCCUCUCGGGCCCGCCAAGUUCACCCCGAAGACCAACGUCACACUCCCCUAUGAGGGAAUCAACGACACCAAUGCUCUGGUCCGGGCCAUGAUGAAGCACCCGGCCAUCCUGCUCGAGACCAUCGACACCAUCUCGGAGGUGCAGUGCUCGGACACGGGCGUCGUUCUCAAGUUCAGCUCAACCGAGGACUACAAGACCUGCCUGGGCGCCUGGCCCGCCAAUGACUUCAUCAUGGUCACGAACCACGCCAACGGCUGCGACGGCGAGAACGAGCGCGGCAUCUUCGUCGUCCAGGGGUACACCUUUGACGACGCCACCCUCACUCUCACGGCCGCCGCCACCAGAGCCGCGAUCCGCGACCAGAUGGACGACGCCGUCAUCGACUUCCAGCACACCGGCACUGCCACCACGAAGCGCGGCCUCUCCGGCAGCAUCUCUGCCGACCUCUCGGGCUCGACCUUGAUCGCGACCGACCCCCUGACCAUCGUUGCCAACGAGGCCAAGCUGGAGAGCGCCAUCAGCCUGGCGGGCCACGUCCACUACAGCUUUUGGCAGUUCAAGGUCACCGAGUUCUACAUCGACCUGGACUACUCCUCGGCCCUGAACCUCAACGUCUCCGCUGCCGUCAAUGCCGAGUACUCCACCGACCUGUACAACUACAACCCGCUGGCCGUCUCCGUCUCGGCCUUUACGAUCCCCGGCAUCAUCGACGUUGGUCCCAUGGUUGAGUUCGCGCUCGGCAUCGAGUUCGCCGCGGCCGGGGCCGUGAAGGCGUCCGUCGACUUCGUCAGCACCAUCACCGACGCCAACGUCCACCUCGACUUCCUCGACGCCAGCAAGACGUCUUCGACCGGCUGGACGCCCCAGAACAACGUCACCACCGACAUUGACGCCCAGGUCGAGCUCCAGCUGAACCCUUACGCCGACCUGAAGGUCGCUCUCGGCGUCAACCUGUUCAACGGCAUGCUCGACAUGUCUGCGGGCGUGGAGGCCAAGCCCACCGUCAUCAACGCCUUCGCCGUGGACCUCGACUUCACCUACAACAGCGCGAGCGGCGUCACCUUCGCCAAGCCCGCGGCCGACCAGUGCGUCAACGGCGCCUGGUUUGCCAGCACCUUCCACUUCGGCGUCGAGGCGUUUGUCACGCAGUUCUACACCAAGACUCUGUACGAGGUCGACCUGCCCAUCUACGAGUCCCAGUGCUGGAACUUUGUCCACUAG